GUAUAUAAACGCCGGCCGCCGAGGCAGGAAGCAUUGCAAUCGUGUCAUCUCAUCUUUUAUUUUUGUCAAAAAAGGGAACAUGGAUACGAAACAUAUAUUCUUUGUAUUCGCCGCUUUGGCGGCAAACGCCGCCAUGGCCAACGCCUGGGGUUACCGCGCGUCUGACCAGCGGCGAUGGGCCGUACUCCACCCCGCCUGCGGAGGCCGACAGCAGUCCCCCAUCGCCAUCGCAGCGCGCCAGGCCAUCCCCAUCUCCAUACCCGCUAUGGAACUCAUCGGCUACCAGAACCCGCUACCAGGCCCUCUCACCUUAACAAACAACGGCCAUUCUGUCACUCUAACCAUCCCGAAAUACAGUUCAGAGGAAGAGAAGAAAGGUUUCCGCCUACCUUACAUCUUCGGCGGGCCGCUAGACAACGAGUAUGAAAUCGAGGGCCUGCAUUUCCAUUGGGGUGACAAGAACAACCGUGGUUCUGAGCAUACGCUGAAUGAUAUGAGGCUGCCUCUUGAGAUGCACAUCGUGCAUAGGAACAAGAAGUACAGGAACUUGGCCGAGUCUCUGCAGCAUCCUGAUGGCGUUGCCGUCCUUGCUUUCUUCUACCAGGUGGUGGAAUUCGACGCCAAGCUCCUCAGCCCCAUGGUGAAGAACCUGUCCAUGAUUGAGGCCUACAACAGCAGCAUGCAGCUCCCGCACACCUUCUCUCUCUCUUCUAUCCUGUCAGGCCUGGACUCCGAGAGAUUCUACACGUACAAGGGCUCUCUGACCACCCCGCCUUGCGCUGAGGCCGUUACGUGGAUCGUGUUCUCUGAUUAUCUGCCGAUCUCUGUGUUCCAGAUGGACAACUUCCGCGGCCUCCUCUCCAACCUGAACCUGCCCCUCGUGGACAACUUCAGGCAGCUCCAGCCCCUCUUCGGCCGUCGGAUCUUCGUGCGCAUCACCUCCAAAAACCCUAAGUUUAAGAAGACCAAGCUCCACUACUCCAAAUACGAUUGGGUCGGACACAAGAAGGCCGACAACGAUGUUGGCGAUUUCGAUGAAUAGACAA